AUGCGUCUCCCUUAUGCCUCCUCCUCCCCACCCCCCGACGCCGACCCCUCCACCGCCGAAAUCUACGCCCGCAUCGCCGCCCGCAGACACCCACGCCCGCUCAUCCCCCUCGAUCUCUCGCUACUGCAUUCCCCCCCCGUCGCAGACGGCUGGAACAGCUUCCUCGGCGCGAUCCGCACGCGCACGGUCCUCCCCGGCGCCCUCCUCGAGCUGGCCGUCUGCCGCGUGGCGGUCCUCAACGGCGCCGUGUACGAGUGGAACGCGCAUGCGCCGCUGGCGCUGAAGGACGGGGUGAAGGCGGACGAGCUGCGGGCGGUGCGCGAGGUGGAGGCGACGGUUACCGAGGGGGGCAGGGAGGCGCUGGGGCGGAGUGUGCUGAGUGAGGUGCAGAGGGCGGUGGUGCGGUAUACGGAUGAGAUGACGCUGAGGGUGCGGGUUGAGGAGGAGACGUUUGAGGCGCUGAAGGCUGGUGGGCUGAGCGAGAGGGAGAUUGUGGAGCUGACGACUGGGGUGGCGGGGUAUAACUGUGUGAGUCGGGUGUUGGUUGCGUUGGAUGUUGGCGAGAAUAAUGGGAAGGAGAUGAAGAGUGUGGAGGAGCUGGUUGCUUCGAAGUAG